AUGGCUGACAGUAAGACGGUGUCAAUACCAUUGGAUUGUAAUCAAAAUCUUGAUGAUUUUGUAAGUGAUCAACAUGAUACAACGUUCGCAUAUACUGAAGCUGUUGAAAGUCGUAUAUAUUUGUCGGUUGGUACAAGACCCGAUAUAAGUUAUGCAGUUGGUGUCGUUAGUCGAUAUUUAGAGCGACCGAGUGCAGCAGAUGUAAAAGCAGUUAAGCGUAUUUUAAGAUACAUUAAAGGAACAGUAAAGGCAAGUAUUCUUUACAAAGCUAGUCAAAAUUUUGUUUUUGUUGGUUAUAGUCACGUAGAUUAUGCGGGCGAUAGUGAAACAAGAAGAUCAACAAGUGGAUAUGUUUAUCUUUUGGGUUUUGGUGUCAUCAGUUGGGCGUCAACAAGACAAAAAUCAGUAUCGACAUUGUAA